GGAGGGGUAUCUCACCCAAAACCAAAACCAAAACCCCCCAAUUUUCCCCCUCACUCCCUCGCACGGUUCCGACUCCAUGCUCCGCCACCCCACCUGUAUACAGUGCACUCACCGCCACCCUCCAUGUUACGCAGACUCCUCUCCUCCUCCACUUCUCUCUUCCCCUUAAGAAUCCCUAAUCCUCUCUCCUAUCCCUGUCCCAAAAAGAUAUUUCUCCCAAAUAUCUCCCUCUGCUCUCCAAUCUCCCAAAUGUCACGUCCGCCCUCCGUCCCCAUCCCUUCCGUCGACAAGGCCGACCGCGUGGAGCUCAUCCGGGCCCUGGAGACCUCGCUGGGCUCCGCGUUCAGCCCCGAGCCCAUAACGCCGACCCCAGGCCCGUUAAUCGUGGUGAUCAGUGGGCCGAGCGGGGUCGGCAAGGACGCCGUCAUCAAACGGCUGAGAGAGGUCCGUCAAAACCUUCACUUCGUCGUCACCGCCACGAGCCGAGCCAGGCGACCCGGCGAGGUCGACGGCGAGGACUACUACUUCGUGUCCAAGGAAGAGUUCCUGAGAAUGGUGGAGAGGAACGAGUUGUUGGAGUACGCGCUUGUGUACGGCGAGUACAAGGGGAUUCCGAGGCGGCAGGUGCGGGAGUACAUGGCGAGGGGGUGCGACGUCGUUUUGAGAGUGGAUAUCCAGGGCGCCAGAACGCUGAGGAGGAUUUUGGGGGACUCGGCGGUGUUCGUGUUCGUGGUGGCGGAGAGCGAGGCGGUGAUGGUUGAGAGGCUGGUGGAGAGGCGGACGGAAAACCGGGAGCAGCUGCUAGUGCGGAUCGCCACGGCGAGAGAGGAGGUGACGCACGUGAGGAGCUUCGACUACGUGGUGGUGAACAGGGACGGGGAGCUCGAGAGGGCGGUGCGGCUCGUGGAGUCGAUCAUCGACGCCGAGAAGGCGAAGGUGCGGCAACGUGGGGCUGUGAUAUAGCGGUGAGGUGGAGUGAUUAUGGCUGUAUAAAGAGGAGCUUUGCAAAUUCGGCUCUUUUCAGUGGCUGGCUGGCAUGGGAAUUCAUUUUUAAUUUUUAUUAUUUGGCUUGGUGGCAGAUGCUUAGUAUGAUAGUUGUGCAAGUCUCAAUCAUGAGAAGAAGCCAAAAAUGGUAGAGGAGAAAAUGGAUGAUUUAUUCCCCAAUGUUAAUGACAUUUAGUUUUGAAACUUUCUAGAAUUUUCAAUCAGAUUCUAUAUACCUAGAAUCGUCCAUCAGAUUCCAUGUUAA